AUGGGAAGAGAAAGUUCAGUAAAGGAGGAACAGAAGGAGGAGUGGGGGAAGGACUGUGCAGAAGGCGAAGUGACUGAAAUCGACGUUGUUGGUGGAGCCGUCGCAGUUACGGUAGCACCGGCAGUGGUUACGGUGGAAGCUACGGUGCUGGAAGCAGCAGCAGUAGUUGGCGGAGGAGUAACCGGAGCAGCUGAAACGGCUACAGGACUUCUAGCAGCACUUGUAGAGCCUGUGGGUGAAUGGCUCGAAGAUGGACUAGCAGAAUGA